AUGGGUCGUCUCGGUCCUUUUGUAUCACUGUUUCUAGCAGUCAGCUUCAAUGUCCAGAAAUGUCUCGGUCAGGUAAGCGCACCAACUCUGUACCAGGACAGCAAAACCGGUAUCAUAUUCGACACAUGGGCCGUACCGGAUAAGGCCGACGGUUCUGGUGGUGUGUCAGCCUGGGGUGGUCUAACCUUCGGUGUUGCGCUACCAGAGAAUGCCUUGACCGUCGACGCUACUGAGUUCAUAGGAUACUUGAAAUGCGGUUCCAACGGCACAACAACUAACGGAUGGUGCGGUUUGUCUUUCGGCGGGCCGAUGACAAAUAGCCUCCUUCUUAUGGCCUGGCCAUACGAAGAUCAGAUCCUGACAUCGCUCCGUUUCGCCAGUGGAUAUACUAGCCCGGACAUAUAUACAGGCGAUGCCAAGUUAACUCAAAUUUCGUCUACCAUCGACAAGGACCACUAUACUUUGAUCUUUAGAUGUCAGAACUGUUUAGUAUGGGACCAAGACGGCGCAUCAGGUUCCGCAUCGACUAGUGCCGGCUCCCUAGUACUAGGAUGGGCUAGCUCACUUCAAUCUCCGGGAAACCCGGCUUGUCCAGCGGAUAUUACUAUCAACUUCCACAGCAACGGCCAAAGCAUCUGGGGCGCCACUCUAGACGAAAACGCAGCAAAUCCAUCCUAUUCAGAAUGGGCCGCCCAAGCUACCGCUACAAUUACCGGAAGCUGCGGAGGAGCAACACCCACGACCACCACAUCCGCUACUACGUCAAUUUCUACUGCCACUGGCAUCCCAGUCCCGACCGGCACUUAUGACUACAUUGUUGUUGGCGCCGGUGCUGGCGGAAUCCCUUUAGCAGACAAGCUGAGUGAGGCUGGAAAGAGUGUAUUGCUCAUUGAAAAGGGGCCACCUUCUUCAGGACGAUGGGGCGGCUCGCUCAAGCCGGAAUGGUUAGACGGCACUAACUUGACUCGAUUUGAUGUCCCUGGCCUGUGCAACGAGAUCUGGGUCGACUCUGCAGGUAUUGCCUGCACUGAUACUGAUCAGAUGGCUGGCUGUGUGCUGGGUGGAGGCACCGCUGUUAAUGCUGGUUUAUGGUGGAAGCCAUAUACUCUAGACUGGGAUUAUAACUUUCCCGAAGGAUGGAAAUCUUCAGACGUGGCCGCUGCAACCAAGAGGGCAUUCUCUCGCAUUCCUGGUACUGACCAUCCUUCGAUGGAUGGAAAACGAUACUACCAGCAAGGCUUCGAAGUUCUGGCUAGUGGUUUAAAAGCUGGUGGAUGGUCAGAAGUUACGGCCAACGACGUGCCAAACCAAAAGAAUCACACAUUCUCUCACUCGCCGUUCAUGUUUUCUGGUGGUGAACGUGGCGGGCCUAUGGCAACUUACUUGGUCUCUGCUAGCAAGCGCAAUAAUUUCCAUUUAUGGAUGGGCACGGCAGUAAAGAGAGUUGUUAGAUCUGGUGGCCAUGUUACCGGUAUUGAGGUCGAGCCGUUUAUAAACGGAGGAUACAACGGUGUUGUCAAUGUUACCUCAGUUACUGGCCGCGUCAUAUUGUCUGCGGGAACAUUUGGGUCCGCCAAGAUCCUAUUACGAAGUGGAAUCGGACCGUCGGAUCAGCUAUCUGUUGUCCAGUCGUCAACUGAUGGUCCGACCAUGAUUUCCAAUAGCUCUUGGAUUAAUCUGCCUGUCGGUUAUAAUCUGGAAGACCACACAAAUACUGAUACUGUUAUUACGCAUCCCAACGUCGUGUUCUACGACUUCUACGAAGCAUGGGAUAACCCCAAUGUCACUGACAAGAACUUAUAUCUAGAUUCCAGAUCGGGUAUUCUAGCUCAAGCAGCGCCAAAUAUCGGUCCAAUGUUCUGGGAUGAAAUCAAAGGUGAUGACGGUGUGGUUCGACAACUCCAGUGGACCGCCAGGGUCGAAGGGAGUGCCGGGACACCGAAUGGAUAUGCUAUGACUAUGAGCCAGUACCUUGGGCGAGGUGCAAAGUCAAGGGGCCGAAUGACCAUUACGAAGGCAUUAACUACUGUAGUCUCGACGCUCCCUUACUUACAGGAUAAAAACGAUGUCCAGGCUGUUAUUCAAGGCAUCAAGAACCUUCAAGCGGCCCUAGCAAAUGUUGAGGGUCUCACGUGGACCUACCCACCCUCAAACACCACCGUCGAAGACUUUGUCAAUGAUAUGCUCGUUUCAUACACCAACCGACGAUCAAACCACUGGAUUGGAACCAGCAAGCUCGGAACAGACGACGGUCGGACAAACAGCGGAUCGGCCGUAGUUGACCUCAAUACCAAGGUUUAUGGUACCGACAACUUAUUCGUCGUCGACGCUAGCAUCUUUCCAGGUCAUAUCACCACCAAUCCCACCUCUUACAUCGUUAUUGCUGCCGAACACGCCUCGGAAAAGAUCCUGGCCCUGGCAUCACCCAAGGCACAACCGGAGUUUGCUCAAUGCGGCGGACUACAGUGGACGGGCAGCUUCCAGUGCGCGGCGCCGUACACUUGCAAGUACUAG